AUGGCGCUUUCUUCCAGUCCACCAGAACCAUUGCCUAUCCCGCCCGGAUUCGGCUUACUCACCACGCUUGGAGACAUGUCUACCUCUUGCUCGACGAAUUCUGUCUUAUCCAAAAAUCUGCCCAGCACUGGCUCUGACCAUUCCUGUCGCGUCCCCAGUACAAUGGUGACGGGUAGCGGGAGAUUCGCUUGUACCGGCAAAGGGGAAACCAACUCGCAGUCUGAGGUUGCUUGUCUAACGUUGCCCGCAGUUGCCAGUAGAUUGUUACCCUUACUGGCGCACAAUCGUCACGUCUUCGGGCCUUACUAUGCAGAAAUUAUUCAAGACCUUCUACAUUUUAACUCUUCGAGGCCAGAUGCUACUACUUCGACGAUAUAA